AUGUCGUCUGUGAGCCAAGCCCGCGGGCGUCUGCCGACGCUCACUGCCGCCGAAGUGGAGGCGCUCGCGUCGCAGCUACCAUUGCGACCGCUAGCCAUGGGGCGGCGUCUCGAGCCCGCAGCUCCGCGACGCUCGCGACGCACGGCGGCGCACCAAGCGUCGGAGCGCGCGCCCGUGGUGUCGCGGCGGAUGCGGCGGAUACACAACGAGGCGCUGCUUGCGCUUUCGGCGGCCCAGCAAGAGGCGCUGGCCGGGAGCUCUGCGGGCGAGACGCGCGAGCUGUUCGAGAUGUCGUGGCGUUCGGCGUGGGAGACGCUCGGGGAGAGCAAGGAGCAGCGCAAGGCGUGGGGGCGGUUCGUUGAGAUGGACGAGGGCGCGCAGCGCGAGGUGAUGGAGGGCGGCAAGAGAGAACGACGCGGCCCUCCCGGGGUGGACGGCAGGCUUCGCGAGUUGGCGAAGAGCCGGGAGGGCCUGGUGCGCAGCAUAGUGGACAGGGUGGAGGAGCAGGUGGUCGGGCUUCCGCCGGGCGGCAGUGUGGUGGUGCGCAUGGAGGACGCCGUGGGAAGACUGGUGGUGCACGGGGUGGCUGAGUUUCAUCGGCUGGCGCAUCGCAGCAUCGGCACGGGCAGGGAUAGAGUUACCGUGAUACGCAAGGACUGGAGGGGAGGGGAGGGCCGCGGGGGGCGCAGGCUUAUGGACGUGCUCGCGUGAGGUGGGCUUUCUGACGGCUCGCGGUAAAGUUUUUUCGCGACCGGGCGUUU